GUUCCACUGGCCUAUAUUGAGGACCCACAGAAGAACCGUGUGUAUCAGUGGCAAGAAGUUGAGUUAAAAGGGGGCUUCACCCAGCUCUCCUUCCCCCUCACCUCCGAGCCCAUCCAAGGGACCUACAAAGUGGUGGUGCAGAAGAGCUCUGGGGACAAGGUGCAACACCCCUUUACUGUUGAGGAAUAUGUGCUGCCCAAAUUUGAAGUGCUGGUGAAGCUGCCCAAGAUGAUCAGCAUCCUGGAGGAGAAGUUGAAGGUGACAGUCUGUGGUCUAUACACCUUUGGAAAGCCAGUCCCUGGCCUUGUGAACUUCCGUGUAUGCCGGAAAUAUAACCACCCAGGCACCUCCUGUUAUGGCGAGGAUGCAAAGGCAGUGUGUGUGGAAUUCUCUGGACAGGCAGACAGCCACGGCUGCAUUUCUGAAGUGGUAAAGACCAAGAUAUUCCAGCUCAGGCGAGCUGGGUACGAGGAUAAAAUCCAAGUGGAAGCCAAGAUUAAAGAGGAGGAGACAGGGGUGGAGUUAACUGGGACGGGCUCCUGCAAACUCACAUCCACCAUUAGCAAAGUCACCUUUGAGAAAGUGGACUCCCAUUACAAACCUGGGAUCCCCUUCUUUGGGCAGGUGAAGCUAGUGGAUGGGACCGAUGCGCCAAUCACCAAUGAAACAGUCCAGAUUUCCGUGGAAGAGAGCGGCUAUCAAGUCAACUACACAACAGAUGAUCAGGGGCGAGCACGGUUUGCCCUGGACACAUCUAAGUUCAAGUUCGCCUCCAUUGGGCUCAGAGCAACUCAUAAAACAGGCACCUACUGUUACGACCGUUCCUGGACCAGUCCUUCAUACGAAUUGGGCUAUUUCAGAGCAAAGCGGUUUUACUCUUCGAGUAACAGCUUUCUCAAAAUAGAGCCUGUGUCAGAGAUGCUAAGCUGUGGCCACACUCAGGAAGUCCGGGUGCACUAUAUCCUGAAGCCAGAGGCCGUGGGGGAGCAGAAGGAAAUCGUCUUUUACUAUUUG